CGGACGACGCCGUAUCAAUAUAUCUUCUCCAGCCUUAUCGUUUAUCUGCCAUCCAUCAAUUCGAGUUCCGUUUCUGCAUUUAGUCACCAACGACCCUACAAUGGCCUCAAGUCUUACAACCUGUUCAUCGUUGUGUUCCUCUUCUUCUUCAUUCUUUUCCACUUCUGUCAAAUUCUCCUUAAACUCGAAUAGAAUUUCUCUUCCGUUUCGUGGAAACAAAACCCCUCUUCCCACUCCUUCUCCUUCCGCCCCAAUUCGAAGGCGCUUCAAUGUCAUUGCUAUGGCUCCCCCUAAACCCGGUGGGAAGGCCAAGAAAGUGGUUGGAAUUAUAAAGCUGGCUCUUGAAGCUGGGAAGGCUACACCCGCUCCUCCCGUUGGCCCUGCUCUUGGAUCCAAGGGUGUCAAUAUUAUGGCUUUUUGCAAGGAUUACAAUGCUAAAACCGCCGAUAAGCCCGGUUAUGUCAUUCCCGUGGAGAUCACAGUCUACGACGAUAAAAGCUUUACUUUCAUAUUGAAGACCCCACCUGCUUCGGUUCUACUUCUUAAAGCCGCUGGGGUGGAAAAGGGUUCAAAAGACCCCAAGGCGGAAAAGGUAGGAAAGAUCACAAUUGAUCAAUUGCGUACAAUUGCUACAGAAAAGCUGCCGGACUUGAAUUGCUCGACUAUAGAAUCAGCUAUGAGAAUUAUAGCUGGCACUGCAGCAAAUAUGGGGAUUGUGGUUGAUCCUCCAGUUCUUGAACCGAAACAGAAGGAACUUGUGUAGUAAAGUUUCGGUUUGGCCAAGUGUAUGACGGUUUUCUGUGCCUAACUAUUUUGCCUGUACAAAAUCACGCAGGACAUUGUUUAGUGAACAUGUUUUUUCAGUAAACAGCGAGUGAAACAUUUCUUUAA